UCCAAUCCUUGCCGUGUCGGUCUUCAUGCGUCUGCAGACCUCAUCCCCUUGGUCGGCCGGAAUGACUAUCUUUUCCCCUAAGCCGUGUGCCUAAUACUGGCAUCGUGCUUUCGUGUUUUGUUUCUUGAUCAAUCGGGCUACAUCUUCCCUUAGAUCGCUUUCCAUGAUUGAGCUAUUCGCGGUGUUACAAUGAUAAACUCGCGUCGCCCCGACCAGUUCCGCAUUCUUGGUCUCAUUUUCGGAAUUGCAUUCGUGGGUAUAGCUACUGGCACAAUCAGCUGUCGGCAUUAUCGUCAGCUAUUUCCACGGCUUCUCCAGCUAUAUCCAGCGGUGUUUCGCUCUGGUCGUAGGUUUGUGUCUCGGCAAUCUAUCCCGGCCGCUCAAGACUUUAUCGUCGUGACAGGUGCUUUCAUCGCUGUCAUCCUGAUAUAGUUUCCGGGGUACAUUCUCACUAGACGGAGUGUGUUC